CCCCCUCCCUGUUACCUCUCUCUCUCUCUCUCACAUCGCCUCUCUUGCUACAAUUGGUUUCCCCUUUCACUCGCUCCCAUCUCUCGCCGCCGUCUUUCCACAUCGCCCUGCUCUUGCUUUGAACGCCUCAAUUUGACAUUGUAUCUCUCGUGUUUAUAUUCGUGGUGAUGAAACGACAACCGGUAACCGUUUUCAAAAUCGGUAAACGGUUUUCAGAGUUUAGGAACCGUUCGCCGAUUCCUGUGAAAUGUCAUUAUGGAACGCGCUGGGUAGCUUGGAAGAGUAGGCCAAAUACCCCGAGAGCUCUCGAGUGGGAGGCCCUGUCGCCAGCAGUGGAGUGAGAAACUAAGCUCUUGCAGGGCUGCAACUUUACCUUUCAGCUUAGAAACGAGAGCGAAAGUUACCACCACGCAGUGUCUUAGCCCGCCGUGCCGUUUGUAGGCGCGUUCAUUUCUGACAUUCCACAGAAAUCAGUGACCAAUUCCUAACUUUUGUAAUCGGUAAUCAAUUCUGAAAACAGUUACCGGUUUACCGAUUGCAUGGCCCUCUCUUAUAGAACAGAAUGAUUCACCAGCUACUUUUAGGACCUUCACUGAGCUGUUUUAGUUUCUUAUUUAAACACAUUUGCGGAGCGCAGACCCAUAGACCCAAAGUGUCAAGUGGUCAACAACAAACAGCACUAUCAUAGAUAAUAAUUAACGCAUUUUUUACAUUUAUUACGGUUAAGAGCUUGCGAAAAUUGAAAUGGGAGGGAAUUCCAAAGUGGGUGGAUGGGUGAGUGGGUUGUUGUGACCUGCAGUACAAUAUAACGGUUAGAUACAACACAAAUGAGACGAAAGUCAUUCUUGGUAGACAUUCCUCAACAUGGGAGAAAUCAACGAGUUAAGUUAACAGGAACACGAACCAUGGUGGGAGACACAUUUAAGUGAUGUCAAACCUUAAGAUUCCAAGAAGCUCCUUGUGAAGUCAAUUAGAUGAACUAGAAUAAAAUUAGAAGAGGGAUAUAGACGCCACUGACUACAAGUAUCACCUGGAAUGAAUCAGCGUGUGGGGUUUGGAGAUCCCAGAGCGGUCCCUCCCCCAGCUCUUCCCAGGACACUUCCACCUACCACUGCCCCAGCAGCAGCAGGUGAACAUGCAGCAGCAGCAACAGCAGCAACAGCAGCACCAGCAACCACCACAGCAACCACAGCAACCACAGCAGCAGCAACUAUCGGCAGAGCAGCCGGUGGCUGUGAUUUCUCCACACACGGUGUCUGGUCAGCGUGCCGUCGCUGGGAAGGUCACCACGCUGCAGCUGCAGUGGACUACACUGCCGCAUAUACAGCAGCAGCAACAGCAGCAACAGCAGCCGCCACCUGUGCAGUUGCAGCAGCAGCAGCAGGCACCACAGCCAACACAGCAGAUGCAAGUUGUGCCACAGCUUGAGUGCGGGAGUGUUAUGGCAACGCAGCAACCACAACCGCAACUACAGCAACAACCGCAGCAGCAGCUACAGAGAAUUGACCAGGCGUUCAAGUGUGAGGGUUGCUGGAAGGAGUUGGUAUUCUCGUCCUACUUAAUACAGCAACACCACCACCACCACAACCACCACCAGCAGCCGCAGCAACAGCCACAGAAGCAGCCACAGCUGCAGCCACAGCUACAGCAACAGGACGAGCAACAGCAGCAGAGCACCGGUUCUGAGAGUAAAACCGCACGCCGCCCCCACGGAAGCAAACGCAAGAGGGUGGCCACCACCAAGGAGGAGGACGGUGCCAAUGACGCCAUUGUCGGCACGACUGGCAGCGCCGCGAUGGGAGAAGACGUUCUGGAGAGUGUCGUGCGCGAGACCAUCGACUGCGCCGGGCUGGCGGCGUCGCAGGCCAUGGAGGGCAUCUCUGACGGCGGCGUCGGCGAGGACGCGACGGUGGCCGUCGGCGCCGGCGACGACCCCCUGCAGCUGCCGCUGGCGUGCGAGCGCUGCGGGAAGCGCUUCGCUCAGGCCCCGCGACUCGCGCGUCACCGGCGCACGCACGACGCGCCGAGGCCCCACGGCUGCCCGCAGUGCGGCGCGCGCUUCAAGCAGCGGCAGCACCUGGCGGCCCACGCACGGCUGCACACGGGCGAGCGCCCGUACGCGUGCGGGGACUGCGGGAGGCGGUUUGCGCGCGGCGCCAAUGCGGCGCGGCACCGGCGCGUGCACACGGGCGAGCGGCCGUACGCGUGCGCCGCCUGCGGCCGCCGCUUCCGGCAGAAGCCCCAUCUGGCGGCGCACACACGGCUGCACACAGGGGAGCGGCCGUACGCGUGCGCCGCCUGCGGCCGCCGCUUUGCCAAACCCUACAGCCUCACGCGGCACCUGCGCUCGGCUGCCCAUGCACGUCGGAUGCAGCAGCAGCAGGAUGCACAACAGCAGCAGCAACAACAGCAGCAACAACAGCAGCAGCAACAGCAGCAGCAACAGCAGCAACAGCAGCAGCAACAGCAGCCGCAACAGCAGCAGCAACAGCAGCCAGCGCAGUAAUCUGACAGUUUGCAUGUGUUAAUGUCUGUGUUAACGUGUUUGUGGAUCGGUGGCAGUGAUUAAGGCGCUGUGCUACGAGCUGACGACCCAAGUUAGAUUCCAGAUCAUGGCCAACACCAGUGACGAUUAUCUGAACCGGUCCUGGACCUGCUCUAGGUCGACUCGGCCUCAAAUAAGUAUUUGGUGUAGUGACAAAGGCGGCUGGGCGUGGUGCUGGCCACCC